GAUUAGUUUCUGUAAAGUAGCGCUGUUGUUAGUAUCGGUAAGAUAGCUGUGGGAAUCAGAUCAUCAGUGCAAUAGCCAUAAAAUAAGAGCUGUAAGCUAAUGCGAAGAGCUCUCGUACUCUUCUGCAAUCCACACUACAGCCACUGCCUCAAAUUAAAGUGCAAGGUUAUCUGAUGCCUCUUAUAAUCUGAUGGUAGAUAAUUAAAUAAAGAGUGUAUCCGGUGUAUCAAAUUUAAGUGGACAUAUUUAAUCCGUAAAAUAGCGUUAUUUUCUUAGCAUAGUCAUGGUUAAUUUAGGUGACCUAUUUCCCAAUUUUAGUGCAGAUACGACUGUAGGAAAAAUUCAAUUUCAUGAUUGGAUUGGUGAAUCAUGGGCUAUUUUAUUUUCCCAUCCAGCUGAUUUUACUCCAGUGUGUACUACUGAACUUGGUAGGGCGGCUGAACUUGCUCCAGAGUUUGAGAAACGUGAUGUAAAACUCAUAGCUCUUUCCUGUGAUGAUGUCUUGAGUCACAAAAAAUGGACUGAGGACAUCAAAGCAUAUGCAUGCCUGAAGGAUGUGGGUUUUCCAUUCCCUAUUAUUGCUGAUGAAAAGAGAGAGUUAGCUGUCCAGUUAGGAAUGAUAGAUCCUGAUGAAAAAGAUAAGGAUGGUUUACCUUUAACUGCUCGAGCUGUGUUCAUCGUUGGUCCUGACAAAAGAUUGAAACUUUCGAUGCUCUAUCCUGCUACCACGGGUCGCAAUUUCGAUGAAAUACUGAGGGUUGUCGAUUCCUUGCAACUUACAAGAAAUCAGAAUGUUGCUACUCCCGUUGAUUGGAAGCAAGGAGAAGAUUGCAUGGUUCUGCCCAACAUCAAAGAAGCUGACCUGCCCACUCUCUUCCCUAAAGGUGUUAGGGUCAAGGAGAUGCCUUCUGGAAAGCCUUACCUGCGUUUAACACCUCAGCCUAAUGCUUAAUCAUGUUGGAAUGGACAGUUAUUCGUAUCUACCUCAAUGGAAAUCAAAACAGAUAGAUUAAAGAGUGACUGAUGCACGUAGCCUUUUUUACUUUAUUAAAAAAUCAAAUGAUGUUAUUUUAAUAAAAACGUUAUUUGCAUUUGCACUUU